CGGGCCGCGCGCGCAUGCGCGGGGCGGCGCUGGGCGGAGGGGGGCCGGGCCGGUGCCGCUCGGAACCUGCGCGUCGCGGCUGCCGGCAGCCGCCCGGACCGCAAUCGGGGCUGGAGCGCGCCGCCCGCACACCGACGGCCGGUAGCCUUUCGGGAAAUGGAUGCCCGAGGGAGGUGGGGACAGGAACCCGCGGAAGGGGGCCAAAACCUGAAAGCCUAAGGACAACCUGGCAUUCCCAUUAUGGAUCGCUCUCGGCACCGUGCAGGGAACGGCAAUGAGCAGGCGUCUUCACGAGAGCACAGUUACGGUGAAGAUGAGAGACAACGACAGCGGGAGCGCCUCAGCAGGGAGGAAGCCUAUUACCAGUUCAUCAAUGAGCUCAAUGAAGAAGACUACCGGCUGAUGAGAGACCGUAACCUGCUCGGCACUCCUGGGGAAAUAACAGCAGAAGAGUUGCAGCAACGUUUGGAGGGGGCUAAGGAGCGUCUAGCAUCACAGUCUGAUCUGGAAAACAGAGAAGGUGAAGGUAGAGCUGUUGGAGAUUCUGACGUUCUUGGAGAAAACUCAAAUGGAGAUUCUUUGCUGGAAUGGCUGAACACAUUCCGUCGCACAGGCAACGCCACUCGCAGUGGACAGAGUGGGAACCAAACCUGGAGAGCUGUGAGUCGAACAAAUCCAAACAGUGGGGAAUUUAGAUUUAGUCUUGAAAUCAACAUAAAUCAUGAGCACAACAGUUUUGAAACUGCUGGUGAAGAGUACGUGGGUAUAGAUAGUAGCAGGAUGUAUUUAGAAAGAAGACAUCAAAGAGCUGUCAGUCCCGUAACCACACGAACGAGGAGCAGGACCACGAGAGAAGCCAACAGCGAGACUUCAGGCACUGCGAGGACCAGGUCUUUAAGAAGUUCUGUGGCGCAGAGCUCUGAAGCAGCCUCGCACCCAGUCUCAGGGAGGCUCAGGAGUAGAACGAGGGAGUUGGCAGGCCUUCGCCAAACAAGCGCAACACGUAAUAAUUCUACAGCUGCUGGCAACCAGAGAGAAGUGCCAGAAAGAGGUCCUUCAGCAGGAGUCACAAGAGGUAGAUCUAGAAGUAACGUUCGGAUGAAUUCAAACCAAAGACUGGAAAUCCUGCGGUUGAGGUCUACUCUGAGUAGUCGAAGCCGCUCUCCAAUGCAAAGGCAAGGUGACGCUGCUCAUUCUGAGGAACACGGGCAGAGACAGGAUAGAAACACACAGCAAGCCACCAGAACCAGAAGACAAACAGCACAGCUUUCUAUGCAGUCUGCUGAAGAACAAGCAAGAGGUGCUGCUCAGACUCCUCAGGCUUCCAGUGCAGCCCCGUCCUUGGGAAUAACUUCAGAGGAGGAGGAAUCUAGUAGGCCGGUAGCUGCUGUUAGAAGGCAUCCAACGAUUACACUAGAUCUUCAGGUGAGAAGAAUUCGUCCUGGAGAAAACAGAGAUCGGGACAGUAUUGCAAGUAGGACUCGUUCUAGAGUAGGAAUGGCAGAAAACACAGUUACCUUUGAAAGUGACAGUGGGGGAUUUCGGCGCACGAUAUCACGAUCAGAACGUGCAGGUAUUCGAACCUACGUUAGCACUAUCCGGAUACCUCUUCGCCGGAUUUCAGAAACUGGGCUUGGUGAACCUUCAUCGGUGGCCCUUCGAUCGAUCCUUAGACAGAUUAUGACCGGUUUUGGAGAACUGAGUUCUUUAAUGGAAACCGAAUCUAACUCAGAAAUGCAGAGAGGCGGCCAUCACUUAGCAGAUGUACACGCAGAGCAGAAUAACUCCGGUUCAGCCAACAACAGCGGUGAUCCAAGUGAGUUUUCUUCUAGGAAUGGGCACGCGGUAGAAGGUGGGAGUGAAACAAACGGACAGAGUGAUGACAUUCAACACUAUGGCCGCAGUAAUGAAAAUCAAGAAAACAGACAGUCUCAAGAUGCUAACAACCUAGUGGAAAAUGGAACGCUGCCCAUUCUUCGUCUCGCCCACUUCUUCCUGCUGAAUGAAGAUGAUGAAGAUGAGCGUUUAAGAGGUUUAACCAAAGAGCAGAUUGACAAUCUUUCCACUCGGAAUUAUGGGGAUAUUCACACUGAAGACGAAAUAAGUAAAACGUGUAGUGUUUGCAUUAAUGAAUACGUAACAGGAAAUAAGCUAAGGCAGUUACCUUGCAUGCAUGAGUUUCAUAUUCAUUGUAUUGAUCGCUGGCUUUCUGAAAACUCCACUUGCCCGAUUUGUCGGCAGCCUGUUUUGGGGUCUAACGCCACAGACAACGGCUAAAAUGAUUUAUACUGCUCAGUAUUCAAGGGUUUACUUCUGCUCUAUUUAUAAUGAGCCAGAUCAAAUGAGUUGACUUGCAUAGGGGUCCAUUUGUGUGGGGAGUUUUGUUAGGUUUCUUUAAAAAUAAUAGGAAACUUGUCUAAAUCUAGCAAUGUAAAUACUAUUUUUCUCCAAGUGCAGAUCUAGGAGUACACAUAGAACCAAAUGAUAUCGGUAAAGUUUAUAUUUUUUUAGGUAAUUUUGUUAUGCUAAGCACUUUUGUAAAUACAGAAAUGCAAUAGUUAAUCAGUCCUGCUUAAUGUAUGUUUUUUUUAACAGUGUAAUGGACUCACUUUAUUUAGAUGACAAAUUGUUUCACACAGACCUACCACUGUGUUGAAAAAUUAGAGUCUAAAUAGCCAUCCAUUAGCUUUUUGUUCUAAGAACAAUUUCUUUUACAGAGAGUCUCUUGCUGGAUAUGUUUGCUAAAGAUAUUUAAGUUACUUGAAGUGCUCAUUUUAAUAUACAAUAUAUUUUUUUUAACAUUGAAAUAUCCUUUCCAAAAACUUGCCAAUUUGGUUCUAUUUAAAAUUUUUAUGGCAAUUUUUGCAUGUGGUUUUACACAAUGCUUAACGCUGACAAGUUCAUAUUCAAAAGUGGAUGGGUUAGUGACAUUAUACAAUGUACAUAAUUAAAUGCUGUCUUUGACAAUCGCCGUCUUUUCAGUACAGACAGCAGUCAAAUCAAUGACAAUUCCAGGAGGGUGUGUCUUACUCAACAUGAUAUUUGCUCAAGGAAUAAAUGAGCACUGAGGAUGUCAUUUUACUCUUCCAAAUUACUCAAUAUUCAUGUUUUUUUUUUGACUGCCUUAGUUUCAAGAGGGAAAUAAUUCCUUAACCAUUAUAUUGUCUACAAUAUGCAUGUUUUGUGCAUCCUACUCAGAAAAAGAAAACAAA